UUUGUACUCAUCAUCUCAUCUACUCACUUUCCUUCCCUCUCCACCUUCCGUCUCUCUCAUUUUCUCCUCCAAGACUCUCUCCCCUGAACCCUGAACUGUCGUCUGUUUAUGUAUGCCUGAGUUCAAGAUCUCCGCUGCUUUGGAAGGUCACGGUGAUGAUGUCCGUGCCGUGGCCUUUCCCAACCCCAAAGCUCUAUUUUCUGCUUCUCGAGAUGCCACCGUUCGCUUCUGGAAGCUUACGUCCAGCCCUCCCCCCACAUAUGACUACACCAUCCCCUCGCAUGGUUCAGCAUUUAUCAACGCCCUAGCAUAUUACCCUCCCACACCCGAAUUUCCCGACGGACUGGUAUUCUCUGGAGGUCAAGAUACAAUCAUUGAAGCAAAACAGCCUGGGAAGGUUGUGAGCGACAAUGCAGAUGCUAUGCUCCUAGGCCAUGCCCACACGAUCUGCGCAUUGGAUGUAUGUCCGGAAGGAGGUUGGGUCGUGAGUGGAAGCUGGGAUUCCACUGCUAGGCUGUGGAGGAUCGGGAAAUGGGAAUGUGACGUGGUGUUUGAAGAUCACCAGGGGAGUGUAUGGGCGGUGCUUGCUUACGAUAAGGACACCAUCAUUACAGGAUGUGCGGAUAAUAUAAUCCGGAUAUUUAAUGCCUCAGGAGCUCUUCUCAGGAGCAUUAAAGAUUCUCGAGACGUCGUCCGGGCCCUGUGCAAGCUACCACCCUCGCAUCCUACAGGUGCCCACUUUGCUUCUGCCAGCAACGAUGGAAUAAUCCGCCUGUUCACGAUCCAAGGUCAACUUGUGUCGGAACUACAUGGCCACGAAAGCUUCAUUUACUCAUUAGCCGUUCUGCCGUCGGGCGAGUUGGUCAGCUCUGGAGAGGAUCGAACAGUGAGAGUCUGGAACGGUACGCAGUGCGUACAAACUAUUACCCACCCCGCAAUCUCGGUCUGGAGCGUUGCGGUGUGCCAAAAUAAUGGCGACAUCGUCACAGGAGCAAGCGAUCGGGUUGCUCGGGUUUUCACUAGGAGCCCAGAGCGUCAGGCCACCCCAGAGGUAAUACAGCAGUUUGAAACCUCGGUCAGGGAGUCUGCGAUUCCUGAGCAGCAGGUUGGUAAGAUUAAUAAAGAGAAGCUUCCAGGGCCCGAGUUUCUCCGGCAGAAAUCCGGGACGAAAGAUGGUCAAGUGCAAAUGAUUCGUGAAGCGGAUGGGAGUGUCACUGCCCACACAUGGGCAGCAGCAUCCCGGGAAUGGGUUGCGGUAGGCACCGUGGUUGAUUCUGCUGCUAGCAGCGGGAGGAAGACGGAAUAUCUUGGCCAGGAUUAUGACUAUGUUUUCGAUGUUGAUGUUGAAGACGGCAAGCCCCCUCUCAAGUUACCCUACAAUCUCUCACAGAACCCCUACGAAGCGGCAACCAAGUUUAUUCAAGAUAAUGAGCUGCCCAUCAGUUAUCUUGACCAAGUUGCCCAAUUUAUCGUGCAGAAUACCCAAGGUGCUACCCUUGGUCAGUCUAGCCAGGGGGCCGCCGUCGCACCUACAGGAUCCGACCCUUGGGGUACAGACAAACGAUACCGUCCUGGAGAUGCAUCCGCCGCAGAGUCAGCACCGAUACCUGAAUCGCGCCCGAAGGUCCUCCCUCAGACCUCGUACUUAUCCAUCAAAACAGCCAAUCUGAAACUGAUCGCCAGGAAGCUGCAGGAGCUUAACGGCCAGUUUGUCUCCUCUGAGUCGAAGGAUGUCUCCUUGAGUCCCUCUGAGAUCGAGACGGUGGUUUCGUUAUGCAGUGAUCUAGAAGCUUCAGGCGCUCUGAAAGAUUCCCCUUCCGUGAAAACGGGCCUCGUCCUGCUUUUCAAGAUUGCAACUACUUGGCCAGCUGCAAAUCGACUGCCCGGUCUUGAUCUUCUCCGACUGUUUGCUGCUGCAACUCCCUUGGUCGCGACCGCAGAUUAUAAUGGCCAGGACCUCAUCUCCGGGAUCCAAGCAAGUGGUGUGUUUGAUCCUCCCGUAAAUGUCAACAAUGCGAUGCUUUCAAUUCGGAUGCUGGCGAAUCUCUUCGAAACGCCUGCGGGCCGUGAAUUGGCUGUCGAUCGAUUCGACCAGGUUCUUGCUGCGGUGAAGACAUGUCUCGUCAACAGUGGAUCGUCACCAAACCGAAACUUGACUAUCGCUGUAGCAACGCUCUACAUCAAUUUGGCCGUGUACUCCACAUCGGAAGGGCGAAGCUCUACGCUCGAGUCUGGGAAACGGGGAUUGGCACUUGUUGAGGAGCUGAUGGGGCUCUUGAUGAAAGAGAAGGACUCUGAGGCGGUCUACCGCACUCUUGUCGCUCUAGGAACAUUAGUCAAGGAACUGGACAGUGAAGUGAAGGCCGCUGCCGUGGAAGUUUACGAUGCUCGGAGCGCCUUGCGCAAGAUUUCGGGCUCUGGUCUCGGAAAGGAACCGAGAAUCAAGGGCAUUAUUGCAGAGAUCGAGGAUUGUUUGCCUGCGUAAGUCGAACUGUAGCGUUCAAUGCAUUUUGCCAGCGUUUCCCCCCCCUCCCCCCCGAAAUCGGGCGGCAGGCUUAGUAUAGAUUUAUGUUGCUAGCAUGCCUACAUUCUCAAUCAAACAACGCGUUUACGAA